AUGGAAACACAAAACAUAGCUACACGUAAAAUGGCUGAUCAAACAUUAUUAGCAAAAGCUCGUAAAGCACGAUUCGAUGAUCUACCAAAUUUUUCCGGACAUCCUUCUGAGGAUGUCGAACGGUUUUUAAAAAGCAUCAAGAAUAUAACCAAGGCAACUGAUGAAUCAGAUAAUCAUGAAAUUUUAGAAAUUGUUCGUGGUAAAUUAAUUCAAUCUGCAGGAAUAUGGUUCGACAAUAAUGAAGCUAAUUUUAAACAAUGGUCAGAUUUUGAAACUGCAUUUCGAAAUCGAUAUUUUUCCUCAACAUCAACUCAUAAGAAAUUUGAUACAUUAAAACAACGUAAACAAUUACCGGAUGAACCGAUUACGUCUUUUUUCGACGACAUUAUUAAUUUAUGCCGGGAAAUUGAUUCAAAUAUGUCAGAAAAAAUUAUAAUUCAAUAUUUAAUGAGUGGAAUCAAUCCUGAUUUUAGGAAGGAAUUAUUAAGACGUGAAUCAUCUAUCAAUACAUUAAAUGAAUUUUUAAAAUAUGCAAAAAUUGAACAAGAUUUACAUGAUACAUUCGGUAGUCUAUCACUUGAUUCACAACAACGUCAUUUUAAUUAUAAUCACCCAUCAAUUCCACCAUUAACUGCUGCAGUUAAUCCACCAAAGCAAUAUUAUCAUACAAUGAAGUACAACAAUCCUGUUUCACAUUCAACACAAUUACAGAGCUCCGUUUCUCAGCGGAACUCGAUUCCAACACUUGGAAAUCGAACAUUCAUGGCACCUGAUAGAAAACAAAUUCGAAAUUAUCCACCACAAUCGAUAUCACAGAAGAAACUAAGCAAUAGUCAAUCACUAUCACAACAUCAAUUCAACGACUGUAAAGUUUGCGGUCGCAACAAUCAUCGAACAAUCGAUUGUUAUUAUAAACGUACAAUCGGAUGUUUUAAUUGUGGUCAAGAUCACAAUCCAUCGACAAUAACAUCAUUCCCUGUUUACAUCAAAAUUCGUGUUAAUGAUCAACCAACGGAAGCAAUUGUUGAUACAGGAUCCGCCAUCUCAAUUAUUCAUUCAAAUUUUCUCAAAACCAUUCAUCACCAAAAUUUUUUAUAUCAAACUCAUUUAUGUCAAACUGCAAAUUCAACACCUCUUAAUAUUAUCGGUCAAAUUAAAUUAGAAAUACAAAUUAAAUCUAUUAAAACUUACGUUACUGCUCACGUUGCUACAAAUUUAAUUACAUCAAUUCUUUUAGGUAAUGAUUGGAUAAAUUCGAAUCAUGUUCACCUUUAUGGUGACCAGAAACAAUUAACUAUUCCUGAUCAACAUGAUCAAUUAAUUUCAAUCCCGUAUGUGGAACCAACUUGCAUUAAUUAUCCAGCAUUAUUAGUGCAUGAAAUUACUCUUCCUCCAUAUUCACAAAAAUUGGUUGAUAUUACAUGUCAAAUUGCAAAUACUAAUAAUCUUAUAUUUGAACCAUACGAACGUCAUAUAUCAAAAUUCAUCUUCAUACCACAUACAUUAUUAAAUAUUAAUAAAAAUCACGCCAAAGUGUUACUUAUAAAUGCACACAAUCGACAACAAACAUUAUCAAAAAACACACGAAUCGGUACCCUUUCUCGUGACGCAACGUUCUCAAUAUAUGCAACAUCACAUGUUCCAACAAAACAUAAUUCUAUUUUAAAUGAACGUCAUCAAACAUCAACUCGACAUUACAAUAGAUUGAAAUCCAGAGCUGUCUUACGUAAAAAGGACAACUCGAAUCAAGAAAAAUUAAACAUUAUUUGUCAUCAUUGCAACGAACAUUUUUUAUCUGGAAAUGAUUUACAAAAACAUCUACGAGCAGAAUGUUAUUCCGAACAGAUUCGAAAACAAAUAUUCGAAUCGACGAAACAUAUAGAAAAUCCAAAACAUCGAUUAGAAAUUCAAGAUAUUUUAUGGCGAAAUAAAAUAUUAUUUGAUCCUACACCAUCAAUUAUUAAUAUUCCUCCACAAUCAGCAAUUAAAACUGCUGAUCAUCCACCUAUCUAUUCAAAACAAUAUCCAGCAUCAUCUAAAGAUCAAGAAAUUAAAUUUCGAGAAACACAAAAAUUAUUAGAACGUGGUCAAAUUGAAGAAUCAACUUCACCAUGGUCAUCACCAAUCGUUCUUGUUAAGAAAAAAGACAAAACUAUGCGAUUCUGUAUCGAUUACCGCCGGUUAAAUGCUAUUACAAUUAAAGAUGCACUUCCACUUCCUCGAAUCGAUGAAAUUUUUGAUCAAUUAUCCGAUGCAACAUAUUAUACAAAAUUCGAUUUCAAAUCUGGCUAUUUCCAGGUUCCUCUAUCUAAAGAGGACCGACCGAAAACGGCUUUCUCCACGCGAGACAAUCAUUAUCAAUUUACAGUUCUUCCUCCAGAAAUAACAAAUGGUCCAGCAACAUUUCAACGUAUUAUUAAUCAUAUAUUAGGUCCUACACGAUGGAAAUAUGCAUUAGCUUAUAUUGAUGAUGUAAUUAUAUAUUCAAAAACAUUCGAAGAACAUUUAUCACAUGUCAAUGAAAUUUGUACAAUAUUAAAAAAUGCUCGAUUUCGUCUUAAU